CAAUCAGCCACCUUGACUCCUUCUUACCCCUCCAUCUUCUACCGACGUCCCUACCUACCACCCUACCAACAACCACCUCGUCACAUCUGACGUUCCCAAUAGAUAUACCAGCAGCAAGAAGUAGGCGGCCUGGUCAUCACCGCCUUCCUCCUCUGCCGCCCCCUAUAGAGCUGUUGCCGAUCGGGACCACACGGCCAAUCUCUCUCUCUCCAUAGACACACGGAACAAUCAUGGCUUCCUCAGCAGUCAGCAGAAUUGCCCUCCUGUCUUCUAGGGCAGUAGUCAAUGUCACCCCUACAUCGACUCAGCAGUCGCCCUUUGCUUCGCACAUCGCCAAGCACCAGAGUGGCGCCGAGGUCGAGACGGUCCCCUUCCAUGGAGAACCCGCCAACGACCUCAUCAGGCUUGCAUCUGCUACACCCUCUGGCAGCGUAGUCUCGCUUCUGGCUCUUGCCGACCAGUCUCUUCUCACCCGCUUCAUCCCCUACCUCCCGUCUCUCAUCAACACACCGUCGGUGAUCCACAUCGUCGCCGGAUCAGACCACGCAGAUGUACUGGCUUUGCGCUCUUCGGGAUUGGUCAUCCUCUACUCUGCAACGGCCACCGAGGCUCACGACAAUGCUCUCCUUGCCACUCGCAUCGCAUCCUCGACGAAGCGAGCUGUGCUGCACUUCUUCGAAGAUGCCGCCGGGCAGUCUGUGGCGGAUGAGGUGACAGAGGCCGACCUCAAGUCCUUCAUUGCCUCGUCUUCAAAGGCUCAGAGCAAUGGCUCAAACGGACACACUAAUGGUGUCAAUGGCAGUAGCAACGGCAACGGCGAGGCAAGCUCCAGCAACGGCACUCACGGUGAUGCAGCUGCCUCAGCAGGAAGUGGCGACUUCGAGCGCGAUAUCAAGGCCGCUUACGCUGCCAUUUCGCAGCUGGUCGGCUACACUGUUGAGCCCUUCUCUUUGUAUGGCAAUGCCAACGCCACCGAUGUUGCCGUUGUGCUCGGCGCGGGCGCCGAGGCCCUAGCCAAGGCUGCCCCAUCUCUCGCAGUCGUGAGCGUCAAGCUCCUUAGACCAUCACUGUCUUCUCGCCUCCUCGACGUUCUCCCCUCGUCUGCCCAGCGUAUAAUCACUCUAGAGAAGAGCGCCAAGAGGACCACCAAGAUUGGUCCCCUUUUCGUCGACGUUGCCACUGCCUUCCAGCAAAGCGAGUCUCGCAGCAUCCCCAAGGUCUUCGUCAGCGGUCUGAUCGGCGAAGUUUCCUCCGCAAACGCAAGCGAUGCAGCUCAGACCCUGUCUUCGGCUCUGUCUUCUGCUAAGGCAUCUCACGGCGUCACAGUCGGCGCAGAGAUCAAGGCUGCCACAAGUAGCGUUUCUACAGCCCCAUUCGCAAGUCCGAAGCACGAAGAGGCCUACAACACUAUGCUGCAGCAGCUCUUUAAGGAGCGCCUUGCUGUCAUCAAUUCUCCUCACAACGAGAGCGAUGCCCACCCAGCAGCUCGUAGUCCAGAGUAUGCUUUCGGUCAGGUUCUAUCGCAACUUGAGCAGCGCGACUCACUAGAGACUGCUGUCAAGGACGCUCUGCGAGAUGGCUCGGUCUCUGGCGAGAUCCACCGCACUCUGUCGCAGUGGGCCGCUACCAAGAACGAUGCCUCUAAGAACGCCACUUACAGCAGCAAGCUUGCAUCUGUCCUGUCCGAUGCUACUUCGCCUGCUCUUCAAAGGGUCAAGGCUCUUGCAUCCCUUGCCGAGCUCAAGUCCAGGUGGAUUGUUGGUUCUGAUGCUUGGGCAUAUGAUGCUGGCAUGGGCGGUGUGCACCAUGUCCUUGCCUCGGGCCGCAACGUCAAUAUGCUCAUCUUCGACACACUGCCAUACUCGAAGCGAGACAGCCUCGAUGCAUCCAAGCGCAAGAAGGACAUUGGUCUGUACGCCAUGAACUACGGAAACGCCUACGUCGCCUCCACUGCAGUCUACUCCGACUACACACAAGUCCUGCACGCCUUGAUGGAGGCCGACAAGUUUGACGGUCCAUCAGUCGUCUUGGCCUACAUUCCUUACAGGACAGAGGAUGCACCUGCGCUGGAAGUGCUCAAGGAGACCAAGCUCGCAGUCGACUCUGGUUACUGGCCUCUAUACCGCUGGGACCCCAGUGCAGAGGCUCGCAAGAAAGACGUCUUCCGCCUUGACAGCACUCGCGUCCGCGAGCAGCUGCGCGAGUUCCUCGACCGUCAAAACCACCUGACGUUGUUGGCCAACUCUCGCCCUGAACUCAGCUACGACCUUGCAGUCAGUCAGGGAACUGCUCUGCGCGAGCGUCAGAAGAGCAAGGCCAAAGAGGCAUACGAGAAGAUGCUGGGCAGCAUGGACGGACCUCCCCUGCUGGUUCUCUUUGCCUCGGAUGGUGGUAACGCCGAGAAGAUGGCCAAGAGACUGGCAGCACGAGCCAAGGCUCGUGGUCUGGCUACUCGUCUCCUCGCCAUGGAUGAGUUCCCUGUCAGCGAGGAGCUCAAGGACGAGAAGAACGUAGCUUUCAUCACUUCCACUGCUGGGCAGGGUGAGCCCCCUCAGAAUGGUCGUCUGACUGCCAAGGCACUGCAAGCGAUGCAGCCUGGCUCCCUCGACGGUGUGAGCUUCUCAGUCUUUGCCAUGGGAGACUCUCAUUACUGGCCACGACCUGAAGAUGCUCACUACUACAACAAGCCCGGAAAGGACAUCGACGCUCGCCUGGAGGCUCUGGGUGCUAAUCGAGUUGCCGAUCUUGGACUCGGAGACGACCAGGACGCCGAUGGACCUCAGACUGGCUACAAGGUCUGGGAGCCCCUUGUCUGGAAGGCUCUUGGCGUCGAUACCAUCGAGGUCAAGGAGGCUGAACCCGAGCCAAUCAACAAUGAGCACAUGAAGAUUGCCUCCAACUACCUCCGAGGAACCAUCGUCGAGGGCCUCGCUGACAAGUCGACUGGUGCUAUCUGCGAGACAGAUACCCAGCUGACGAAGUUCCACGGUACCUACAUGCAGUACGACAGGGACACAGUCGAGGAGCGCAAGGCCGCUGGUCUCGAGCCCGCCUACUCCUUCAUGAUUCGAUGCCGUAUCCCAGGUGGUGUUGUCACACCCAAGCAGUGGAUGCAACUCGAUGAUGUGGCUGAGCAGUACGGAAACAAGACCAUGAAGAUCACCACUCGUCAGACACUGCAGUACCACUGCAUUGUCAAGGGUGAUCUCAAGAAGGCGAUGCAGGGCAUCAACAAGUCGAUGCUCGACACGAUCGCUGCUUGUGGUGAUGUGAACCGUAAUGUCAUGUGCUCGCCGAACCCAGCAAUGUCGGAGCUUCACGAGGACGUCUUCAAGUUCUCGCAGAGCAUCUCUGAUUACCUGCUUCCUCGCAUGGACGCUUACCACGAGAUCUGGCUGGACAAGGACACCGAGUCAAAGAAGCAAUUGCUCGCCGGUGGAGCUUACAAGGACUACGAGCCCCUGUACGGCCCUCGCUACCUUCCUCGAAAGUGGAAGAUCACCAUUGCCAUCCCCCCUCGCAACGAUACCGACGUCUUUGCCCACGACAUCGGUCUGAUUGCCAUCGCAGGCCCGGACAAGCGCCUCAAGGGUUUCAACCUGUCCGUAGGUGGAGGUAUGGGUGUCACACAUUCCAUGAAGGUCACCUACCCGCGGUUAGGAGAUGUCAUCGGCUUUGUCACUCCAGAGCAGACUCUGGAGGCUUGCAAGCAGUGCAUGCUCAUCCAGCGUGACUACGGCAACCGAGCCAACCGAAAGCAGGCUAGGUUCAAGUACACCAUCGACAACCACUUUGGUGGACCUGAUGCCUUCAAGGCCGAGCUGGAGAAGAGGUGUGGCUUCACACUAGCUCCCGUCGCUGAUUACAAGUUCACCUCCAACACCGACGAGUACGGCUGGAAGCAAGACCACAAGGGCAAGUGGCAGGUGUGCCUGUGGCUCGAGAACGGUCGAGUCAAGGAUGUGCCUGGCGAGGAGUUCAGGAAGGGUCUGCACGAGCUCUGCAAGAAGGCCGAUGCCGAUUCGUCCUUUGAGGGCACCCACAUUCGGAUGACUCCCAACCAGCAUCUGAUGAUCGCUGGUAUCCCAGAGAGCAAGAAGGCCGUCAUCGAGGAGCACCUGCAGGCUUGGAAGAUGGACACCUACCAAAGGCUUACUGGCAUCUUCAGGUCGGCUUCGGCCUGCGUCGCAUUCCCCACCUGUGGACUUGCCAUGGCCGAGUCCGAGAGGUAUCUGCCCCUCCUCAUGGAGAAGGUAGAGACUAUCUUCGAGCGCUACGGCAUUGCCGACUCGGAGACCAUCACUCGUAUGACUGGUUGUCCCAACGGUUGCGCUCGUCCAUGGGUUGCCGAGAUCGGUUUCGUGGGCAAGGCUCCUGGUCAGUAUCUCAUGCUGCUGGGUGGUGGACACAAGGGUGAGCGUCUGAACAAGGUAUACAGGGAGUCGGUGGGCGAGGAGGAGAUCCUGUCCCUGCUAGAGCCUCUGGUGCGCGACUAUGCUGCACAACGUCUCGAGGGCGAGCCCUUCGGAGACUGGGUCAUCCGUGCUGGUCACAUCAAGGCCACUACGCACGGCAAGAACUUCUGGGAUGAUGUGAAUGCCGAUGGUCACAAGGUUUCGCUGCCGACGCUGCCAACCAGCGCCUAGAGGGGAGCGUGGGAAGAAGAAGAAGCGGGCCUUGUUUUUUCAUCAUGUCUUGUCUGUAAUGCACUUUUCUCGACUCUGCAUAAGACCUUGUGAAGGCUCUUCAAUCACAGUCAUUCUUCAAUGAGACGGACUUGGACGACGACUUCUUGUCUUGGCACCCUCCUUCGCAAAUGCAAAGUUCUCCGCUC